GGUUCGCACAUAACCUCAAAGGGGAGAAAAGUCGUUUUGCUUUGCUUGAUUUUUUUGCAUUUUUCUGCGGAGUUUUCCACGCAGAAUUAGCAAAGAUGGAAUCAAAUGGGCAGCAAGGAGAUCACCUCCAGCGAAGAUGGUCUCACAUUCGUCGUAUUCUCGAAGUUGGGGGACCUUUUUGCCAUCCAAACUUCACUGCGGAUUCCUCAACACUUGAAUUUAUCAUGAAUUCCUGCAAAGUCCUCGUAAUUGGUGCUGGUGGUUUGGGUUGCGAACUACUCAAGGAUCUGGCAUUGAUGGGAUUCCGGAAUAUUGAUGUCAUCGACAUGGACACAAUUGAUCUUUCGAAUCUCAAUCGACAGUUUCUCUUCCGCCGGAAGGACAUUGGGAGUUCCAAGGCAAAAUGCGCUGCCGCCUUCAUCAAUUCACGUAUCCCCGGAACAAACGUAACGGCACAUUUCUGCAAGAUUCAAGACUACGAUGAGACAUUCUACAGGCAAUUCCAUAUUGUUGUCUGCGGAUUGGAUUCCGUUGUGGCCAGAAGAUGGAUCAAUGGGAUGCUGCUGUCUAUGCUGAAUUACGAAGAAGAUGGGAGUGUCGAUCAGUCAUCCAUUGUCCCAAUGAUCGAUGGAGGAACGGAAGGAUUCAAAGGGAAUGCCCGUGUAAUCUUGCCUGGGAUUACAGCCUGCAUUGAAUGCACACUGGAUCUGUAUCCCCCGCAAGUGACCUACCCUCUUUGCACAAUUGCCAACACUCCCCGAUUGCCAGAGCACUGCAUUGAGUACGUUAAGCUCAUUCAGUGGGGCAAGGAGAAUCCCUUUGCGGGUGCCCCUCUCGACGGGGAUGAUCCGCAGCAUGUGUCGUGGGUGUAUGAAAAGGCCCAGGAACGUGCUAGCUCCUACAACAUCACCGGGCUAUCCUACAGGCUCGUCCAGGGUGUCCUGAAGAACAUUAUACCAGCUGUGGCGAGCACAAAUGCCGUAAUUGCCGCCGCAUGUGCCACGGAAGUCUUCAAAAUUGCCACCAGUUGCUAUGAGCCACUGAACAAUUACAUGGUCUUCAAUGAUUCCGACGGGAUCUACACCUACACCUAUGAAGCAGAACGCAAAGAAGACUGCCUGGCGUGCAGUCAGAUCCCACGUUCAGUCUCCGUGGAAGAUCCCGCCACGAUGACUCUGCAGGAUCUCAUUGAUUUCCUGUGUGACAGUGCAGAGUUCCAAAUGAAAUCUCCCGGAUUGACGGCAACUGUCGAUGGGAAAAAUCGCACACUGUACAUGUCAACAGUGAAGAGUAUUGAGGAGAAGACAAGGUGCAAUUUAACGCUGUCCCUGUCGGAAUUGGGGCUCCACGAUGGACAUGAGCUGAUGGUGGCAGAUCUCACGAAUCCCAAUACGGUCACCAUUAAACUCAAAUUCGCCACAAAUGAGGCAGAAAUGCUGUGAAAAUUAUUACUAACUUCUAAUAUUAAUCAUUAAACGCGAUCAUUUAAUUCA